AGUAUUUCAGUGUUAUUAAUCGUAUGUUUUCUUUACUGAAGUAAACACCGGUGUUUAAACCGUACGUUAACGUUAGCUGCUUAACCAGCUAAGCUAACUGUCUUCCGUCGCUGGGAUUCCCAUUAUUUAUUCCUUUAAUUUAUUUUGUAUUCCUUUAAUCCUAAAGAAGUUAAUAGGCUGUACCUGUGGCACGAGUUUCCUCUUGUGUUUGUGGCAAUAAGCUUGACCUUUAUGGUGGUUUAACUAAUGAUAUUCCACGGAGGGAAAAAAAUAUAUCUGCUGCCUGUUUUUAACACAAACAGCAGAGUUGCUAUUCGGCAUCUUCUGUUAAAGCGCUCAGUAGUGUGCUAUACGCUACAAUCAGAAACAGUUUUAUUUUAACCGUGUUUUUAUUUGGGGGUGGGUCACACUAAACAAGAUUUAAAUGAGAUAAACACACGGUAGUUUGGCUAAAUCCCAGUCCCUUUAAUUGAGGUAGAGAUAGCUGGUCCAGAGCAGGAGAUGAUGUAAGUAGGACUGGUAUGCAGAGGUCUGACAUCAGCCAGAAAGUCUCUGAAAACUAAAGCUGUGUUGACUCGAGCCAAAUAAGGAGGAAAGAAACCCAGGGACUCAGAGGUGAAUUGCUAUUGAAUCUCAACACAUUGCUCCCAACAUCAUUCCAGUCAGCACACCAUGGCUGGCUUCAGGCAGGAGGAUGUUGAGUUGUAUUAUGAGAUGGGAGAGGAGCUGGGCAGCGGACAGUUUGCCAUCGUUCGUAAGUGUAAAGAGAAGAACUCAAGUGUCGAGUACGCAGCCAAGUUCAUCAAGAAGCGGCGGCUGUCGUCCAGCCGGCGGGGGGUGAGCCGCGAAGAGAUCGAGCGCGAGGUCAACAUCUUGCGGGAGAUCCAGCACAGCAACAUCAUCACCCUGCACGACAUCUUUGAAAACAAGACCGACGUGAUCCUAAUCCUGGAGCUGGUGUCCGGAGGAGAGCUGUUUGACUUCCUGGCUGAGAAGGAAUCUCUGACGGAGGAGGAGGCCACCCAGUUUCUCAAGCAGAUCCUGGACGGCGUUCAGUAUCUACACUCCAAACGCAUCGCUCACUUUGACCUCAAGCCUGAGAAUAUCAUGCUGCUGGACAAGAACGUCCCCAACCCCAGGAUCAAGCUGAUUGAUUUUGGGAUUGCUCAUCAGAUUAAAGCAGGAAACGAGUUCAAGAACAUUUUUGGAACACCAGAGUUUGUUGCGCCUGAAAUAGUCAACUAUGAGCCACUUGGACUGGAGGCGGACAUGUGGAGUAUCGGCGUAAUCACAUACAUUCUGCUGAGUGGUGCUUCACCGUUUCUGGGCGAGACCAAGCAGGAGACCCUGACAAACAUCUCAGCUGUCAACUAUGAUUUUGAUGAGGAGUAUUUCAGCAACACCAGUGAGCUGGCUAAGGACUUCAUACGGCGUCUGCUGGUCAAGGAUCCCAAGAAGAGAAUGACGAUUGAUGACAGUCUUGAACACCCCUGGAUUAAGGUGAUUAAGAGGCGAAAUGUCCGCCAGGAGGAGAGAGACCACAAGCCUGAGCGCAGACGCCUGAAGACCACUCGUCUGAAGGAGUACACCAUCAAGUCCCACUCCAGCAUGCCACCCAACAACACUUACGUCAACUUUGAGCGCUUCUCUCAGGUCCUCGAGGAGAUUACAGCAGCAGAGGAAGGCCUGAGGGAGCUGGAGCGCAAUCAGCGCUCAUGCCGGGAAGACGUCGCAGCGCUGCUGUCCAUAUAUGAGGAGAAGGAAGGUUGGUACAAGGAGGAGAACCACAGCAUCUCCAGCGACCUGAGCCACAUCCGCCAAGAGCUGCAGCGCACUCAAGCCCAGCGCAAGAAGAGCCAGGAGGACACCCGGGUCACCAUGCAGGCCGCCAACAUCCUCAAGCGCAAGUUUGGGCGCCUGGAAAACCGCUACGAGGUCCUGGCUGAGCAAGUGGCCUCUGAGGUCCGCUGGGUGGAGGAGCUAGUCAAGUCCAUAUCUGUAGAGAAGGACGGCCUCGGCCCUGGCAGCAUGCCCUGAGCCGGGCCGGCAUCCAGCAAUGACACUCUGAUUGUCAAGUAUCCUCCUGCCCGUCUCCUCUGCAUGUGUCCUACACACUGCAGCUUGAGUGGGUCAGUUGUCAUCAUAAGCUGCUGCGGCCCAUCAGGAAAAAUGUUCCACUCAUGCUUGAGAGAACCAGCAAGAAGCAGAGAGGCAAUACUUUGAACCCAUUCCCCCAUGAAAAGGCUCAUUCCUGCGUUUUAUACAUUUAUUUAUAAUUUUAGAAAUUUUACGUACUGUUAUUUGACUGUUAUGCAUCGUAGUUGACACGAUUUUUUGAAAACUAUUUGGGCUUUUUUUUGCAGUUGUCAGUAUUGCAGAUGGAAAAUACAUUCAUUUAUUUUUCUUGGUUAUCUUUUUAGAAACGUGAGUACAUCUGAAUUUGCUAGUGCUGUAAAAGCCUCUUGCCUCAGGUUAUUGGCCAGUUAUGUGAGAAAACUUAUAGCGUCAGGUUUGCACAGACAUCAGGGGUAUUUAUUUAUCCGCUUACAUUUCAGAUUCGAUUGCAGCUGACAUUAAAAUUCUCUCAUAUGUCAGGACAGAGUGUCGACUAUAAAAGAUGCAAUAAAUAUAAAAUGAUUUCUUAAGAGUUUCCUGGAAAGAACCUGUAGUUUGGAUCUAAUUACAGGGAAAAUAGAGUUCUGAGACUGUUAAUUUAAUUAGUUGUGUUGAGUUUAUUAUUGACUUCCAGAGGAAUUUCCAUGCAUGAAAUUGCUCCAUUUAAACCCUAGUAAACAGUUAUUCAUCAUUCAGUCAUUACUGGAAACUUUAUUCUUCAUACAUGCUGAAUUUUAUGUUUGUUUGUAGACACAUUUCACAUUUUGCAUGUUCAGCUCACCUGCUAUCCUCUGACCAACAAGUCUCAAGGUUGCGCUAGCUUAGCAUUUGGAAAUGAAAAGUGUACAAGCUGAUCACUCUCUCUUUUACCCAUAAUUAGUACCAAAUUACAUGGUUAUUUUCAGCAAACCUUGUAGGAAAUUUUUGGAAAUUAAUCUGAAUUUACAGCCCCGUAAAAUAAAGCGUUACCAGAUUAAGAAUGUAUAAACUCAUCUUUGCAGUGCCUGUAAACUAAUCGACCUUAUUGCCUCUGCCAGCACUCAUCUGUCAUCUGUGAGCUAAUGACAUUUCUAUCACAUUGAUAUUGCUCAAUGUCUUAAACGCAACAACUUUUGCACAGUAGCCUUGUAAACCAAAUAGUGUGCAUGGAAACUUUCUCUUUAAAUUGUAACUCUUGUUAGUGUUUCUGUUUUCAUACUGACCGUCCCUGCACACUUGAAAACAUUCCAUCGAUAUGUUUCACAUCCAGGCAACACAUUCCCCAUUUAUAGCAUAGAAAGUGUAUGAUAUAGUCAGUAGUAUUUUUCAGUAGAGAAAUGUACUCAUUUGCACUUAAAUGAUUAUAGCAAUGUACCAAAAUAUAUUUUAAUCUGUCUCUUAAGUGGAAGAAAGACCUGUAAAAAUGAACUUGUUUCAAAUAAACAAAGUUAUCACUGUUA